UAAAAAUGUCGAAUGAGGUAUAACAUGGCAUUUUUGUCAGAGUCUUAUGGCCGAUUUCACCAACGUGUCUUAAAAUUUAGGAGUUUCUUAAUUCAAGUUAAGAACUGCCCAAAUCCAUUUUCGGUUUCUCCAGUUGCUAAGUAUUUCCUAAAGUGAGAUAAGUAUUACCUAAGAUAGGUAUUGGUUAAACAGCGUUCUAAGCCGGUUAUGAAGUUCUUAGCCCGUUUGACAUUUGUCAUAAGUGACGUUAUAUUCCUAGCGAAUAUAGCAGCUAUAUGGAAGUGAUUGAAUUUAUCGAAGAUUUGGACCAUUAUGACGAUGAUGAUGAACAUAUACGACGUCCUCGUGUUCUGAGAGAUCGUACCGAUUAUUUCGAGCAGUACGACGAAAUGGAUUUUUUCCGUAGAUUUCGCAUGAAUAAAAACACUGCACUGUUCGUCUUAGAUCAAAUUGAACAUCAGCUGGCAUAUGCAGAUUACAGAAAUGCUGCAAUUGCACCCAUAAACCAACUUUUAAUUGCGUUGCGAUUCUAUGCAACAGGAUGCCACUUAACAUCUGUUGCCGAUUAUGGUGGUGUUAGUAGUAGCAGUAGUUGCAGGAUUGUAAAGAAAGUUUCUCAUGCUUUGGCAUCAUUGCUGCAAAGAUUUGUAAAAUUUCCCACCACAAAUGAAGAGAGAAAUAAAGUAAAACAUGACUCUUUUUAAUUGCCGGAUUUCCAAAUGUUCUAGGAUCAAUUGAUUGUACACACAUAAAGAUACAGUCACCAGAAUUAUCUGAUGACACCCUUUUUAAGCCCACAAACUAUCGGCCAGCAAAAUUAUAAUAGGGCACAUAUUGCAACAAGAAAUACAGUGGAACGACAAUAUGGAGUGCUAAAACGAAGAUUUCCUGUAUUGGCUACUGGAUUAAGAUUAAAAUUAGAAAAUUCUAUAAAUGUAAUAUUGGCAUGCUCUGUAUUACACAACAUUUGCAUAGAUAAAAAUGAAGAUGUCCCACCAGUAGAAGUAGAGAAUAUUGAAAAUGAUAUACAAAAUGGCCAAAUGGAAAGAAAUAUUCAAAAUGGACAAAAUAAUUUAAGUCGAGAUAUACUUGUAGCUAGACAUUUUCAAUAAAAAAUUAAGAACUUCCUCACCAUUAAUUUUUUUAAUUAUAAGAUCCCUUAUUUCAAUAUCUUUUUCUAGUUUUCUUUUUUUGAGCUCGUGAAGUUCCAUUUCCCUUCUCAUUUCUGCAUCUAUU